AUGCUUCGUUCCACUGCCGUCAAGGCCACCAGCAGCGGCAUGCUGCGCGGUCCUGCCUGCUCCGCGUGCAGACGGUCAAUGUCUCUCGCUUCUACAGCUAGACGUUCCGCCUCCAGCUCCAGCUCAAAAUUCAGCUUGGCUACCCGACGACCUCUUGCCCUUGUCGACCGGUUGUCGAAUGGGAAGAGACAUUAUGCGGCGCCCGCCGAGGGCUCUGGCGUGGAUGCCAGCGACUCCUUCCUCCAGGGCAACACUGCCAACUAUAUCGAUGAGAUGUACCUUGCAUGGCGCAAAGACCCCUCCAGCGUCCAUAUCUCAUGGCAAACAUAUUUCCGCAACAUGGAGGAGGGCAAGAUGCCCGUCUCCCAAGCCUUCCAACCUCCUCCCACACUCGUUCCCACACCCACUGGUGGCGUCCACCAAGAGAUGCCCGGUGUCGGUCUGGGGCUCUCUGCCGGAACUGAUGUCACGAAACACUUGAAGGUCCAACUUCUCGUUCGCGCAUACCAGGCUCGCGGUCAUCACAAGGCAAAGAUUGAUCCUCUGGGUAUCCGUGGCGAGGCUGAGGCCUUCGGCUACAGCAAGCCCAAGGAGCUCGAGCUUGAUCACUACGGUUUCACUGAACGCGAUCUCGAUGAGGAGUUCGACCUUGGCCCCGGUAUCCUUCCCCGGUUCGCUACAGAUAGCCGCAAGAAGCUGUCUCUCCGCGAGAUUAUCGCCGCUUGCGAGAAGAUCUACUGCGGCUCGUACGGUGUGGAAUAUAUCCAUAUCCCCGACCGCAAGCCCUGCGACUGGAUUCGUGAUCGGUUCGAGGUUCCCGAGCCUUACAAGUACUCCGUCGAUGACAAGCGCCGCAUUCUCGAUCGUCUGAUCUGGAGUUCUAGCUUCGAGACUUUCCUCGCUACCAAGUUCCCCAACGACAAGCGUUUCGGUCUGGAGGGUUGCGAGUCCCUCGUCCCCGGUAUGAAGGCUCUGAUUGACCGCAGCGUCGACUACGGUAUCAAGGACAUCGUUAUUGGUAUGCCUCACCGUGGUCGUCUGAACGUUCUUUCCAACGUCGUCAGAAAGCCCAACGAGUCCAUCUUCAGUGAAUUUGCUGGUUCUACUGAGCCCUCCGAUGAGGGCUCCGGUGAUGUCAAGUACCACUUGGGAAUGAACUUCGAGCGUCCCACGCCUUCUGGCAAGCGCGUCCAGCUCUCCCUCGUCGCAAACCCGUCGCAUCUUGAAGCUGAAGACCCUGUCGUGCUUGGCAAGGCUCGCGCCAUCCAGCACUACAACAACGAUGAAAAGAACUUCGACUCAGCUAUGGGUGUUUUGCUGCACGGUGAUGCUGCCUUUGCUGCGCAGGGUGUCGUCUACGAGACCAUGGGUUUCCAUUCGCUCCCCGCUUACUCCACCGGAGGAACCAUCCACAUCGUCGUCAACAACCAGAUUGGUUUCACCACUGACCCUCGCUUCGCUCGUUCCACUCCUUACUGCUCCGACAUUGCCAAGUCCAUCGAUGCUCCCGUCUUCCACGUGAACGCUGACGAUGUUGAGGCUGUCAACUACGUCUGCCAGGUUGCUGCCGAUUGGCGCGCUGAGUUUAAGCGUGAUGUUGUCGUUGACAUUGUCUGCUACCGUAAGCAAGGUCACAACGAGACUGACCAGCCCUCUUUCACCCAGCCUCUGAUGUACAAGCGCAUUGCCGAGAAGAAGCACCAGCUCGACUUGUACGUGGAGAAGCUCAUCUCCGAGGGCACUUUCACCAAGGAGGACAUUGAUGAGCACAAGAAGUGGGUCUGGGGAAUGCUCAACGACAGCUUCGACCGUAGCAAGGACUACCAGCCUACCGGUAAGGAAUGGUUGACCUCUGCCUGGAACGGGUUCAAGACUCCCAAGGAGCUUGCCACUGAAGUUUUGCCGCAUCUCCCCACUGCUGUCGAGCCCGCUGUCUUGAACAGCAUUGCCGACAAGAUCUCUGGCGCUCCUGAUGGUUUCACCCUUCACCGCAACCUGAAGCGUAUCUUGUCCAACCGUAAAAAGACCGUGGAAGAGGGCCAGAACAUUGACUGGGCCACUGCCGAGGCUCUUGCCUUUGGAUCUCUCGUCAACGAGGGCUACCAUGUCCGUGUGUCUGGUCAGGAUGUUGAGCGUGGUACCUUCUCUCAGCGUCACGCUGUUCUGCACGACCAGGAGACCGAGUCUACUUACACCCCUCUCCAGCACAUCAGCAAAGAUCAGGGUAGCUUCGUGAUUUCCAACUCGUCUCUGAGUGAAUUCGGAGUCCUCGGAUUCGAAUACGGUUACUCUUUGACCUCCCCCAACGCCCUCGUAAUGUGGGAAGCCCAGUUCGGUGACUUUGCGAACAACGCUCAGUGUAUCAUUGAUCAAUUUAUCGCUUCUGGCGAAUCGAAGUGGCUCCAGCGUUCCGGCCUGGUUCUGUCCCUUCCCCACGGAUACGAUGGACAGGGUCCUGAGCACUCCUCCGGCCGUAUGGAGCGUUACCUCCAGCUCUGCAACGAGGAGCCUCGCGUCUUCCCCUCGCAGGACAAGCUCGAUCGCCAGCACCAGGACUGCAACAUGCAGAUUGCCUACAUGACGAGCCCUGCUAACCUCUUCCACCUUCUGCGUCGCCAGAUUCACCGUCAAUUCCGCAAGCCCCUCGUCAUCUUCUUCUCCAAGUCUCUCCUCCGUCACCCGAUUGCUCGCUCAUCUCUGGAGGAAUUCACUGAUGACUCUCACUUCCAAUGGAUUAUCCCUGACCCAGCUCAUGGCACCGCUAUCGACGAGCCCGAGAAGAUUGAGCGCGUCAUCAUGUGCACUGGUCAGGUCUACGCUGCCCUCCUGAAGCACCGUGAGGCCAACAACAUCCGCAACACCGCCAUCACCCGUGUUGAGCAGCUGCACCCCUUCCCCUGGGCUCAGCUCAAGGAGAACCUCGACAGCUACCCCAACGCUCGCAACAUCGUCUGGGCCCAGGAAGAACCUUUGAACGCCGGUUCUUGGAGCUACGUCCAGCCCCGUAUCGAGACAUUGUUGAACGCGACCGAGCACCACAACCGUCGCCACGUCAUGUACGCUGGUCGCGCACCGAGUGCCUCCGUGGCCACCGGUCUUAAGUCCGUUCACUUGAAGGAGGAACAAGAGCUCCUCCAGGACGCUUUCUCCGUCCACCAGGAGCGUCUCAAGGGCGAAUAG